AAUUAAAAUAUAGAAGGGCUGUAAUGCAAUAUGAUUCAGCAAAAUUAAUUGCAAAUACAGAAUUAUUUAGAUGGCGAUUCUUUGAACUUUGAACAAACAAAGAUAUGGGUCAAAUAAUAAAUGCUAAUUAACAAGAGUCCCACUCCUAAAAGGAUUAAUAGAAGCCAAGAAUUUAAAAAUAUGAAAGAAUUAGCAAGUCAUCCUCUUAUAUAAAAUUAUUGCAAUUAAAAAAGAAAUUUUUCCUAAGCUAACUUGCAAAGAUGUACAAGUAUUGUAUCUCUGAACCAUAUAGAUGAGCCACAGCUUUCAUAAGUUUUUUAGAAGCCCACUCAAAAUUAAGCUCAACAAUAAAACUCGUUGUAAAGAUAAAUAACAAACAAAAGUAAUCAUGAAAACUAAGAAUCUAAAAAUAAAGACAUAAUAAAUAUUAGUUCUAAGAUCUAAAAUAAAUAGCUCUCUAUUGAAAAGCAAACAAACUAAGAAGAUAAAAGUACAAUUAACAUUCAUGUAUAGAAGCUCAAAUAGUAAAAAAUUUAAAAAUUUGGCUCAAUACUAAGAGGCUUAGUCUCCAAAAAGCUUUCAAGGCAGACAAAUAACAACAAUAUAACUGUAGUUGAAUAAGCCUAAGAUAAUAGUAACAAUUUUACAAAAAUUAACUCUUAAAAAAUAAUAUCGCGACCCGUUUCUGCUAUUAAUAUAAAUAACACGAUUAAAAGGAACAGUGCGAUUAGUCCUAUGUCUCGGAUGGUUAUAAAUAAUAAUUCAAUAAGUCAAAACAACACAAGUUUUAAAAAUGAAAAUUCUUUCAUAUUAAAUUUAAAGAUAUAGAGUCCAAAUAAUCAGUUAAACAUUAACUAAGAAUCUUUGACUUCAGUAAAUAACGGGGAAACACCUUAAUCAAGAAAAAAUUCAUUUUAAAAGCUUGUAAUUAGGCCAAGCAGCUGUAAGAAUGCAAAGAUUUCAUAAUAUUCUACUUUAAAUUAAUCUAUUUCUUUAACAUAGCAAUCUGAUUAACUAUAACUUAAAUCCUAAGAAGAUAAACUAAUGCUCCAGAUAAAAUUAAAAGAUAGUUCCCCUAACAAUAUGAAAACAUCUCAGAUUGGUUAUUCAACACCUUAAAAUUAAUAAAACAGCCUGGUGAACAAAUUGAAUACAACUUAAUCGCACAAAUUUUUAUUUUACAAGAGCUAAAAUUUAAACCAGACAACAUAAAAUGAUUAAAAUUUAUUAUAAAAUUUCUAAAACUAAACAUUUAAAAAAAAACUUUUGGAUAUCCACAGUGUAAAAGAAACAGAAGAAGAUACAGUUCAAAUUUAAUAAAAAGAAAAAACGUAAAAUGUAAUUAAACCCGAAAAAAUUAUCCAACCCAAAUAAGGCAACAUGAAAUUUCUUCAAAAGUUGAUCUAAAAAAUAGGCUCUAAAGUGCAAGAUGAAAAAAUAGUUUCUAAGGUACAAUAAGAUAAAUAAGAUAAAGACUAGUUAAUUAAAAUUAAAUCCACAUAAAGUAUAGAAAUCAAGAAAGAUAAUUGUGAUAAUCUGAUAAAUGAAAGAAACCAAAGUAUUCACUCAUCAGCUGAGAAUUUAACUUUCUUUUCUACUGCUGUGUAGAGUAAUUUAAUAUCACAAAAACAUUCAUUUCACAACUCAUAAGUUGCAAAUACCAACUCAAAUAUCAGUUAAAUUAUAAACAGUUCUCCUUUAUACAAUAGCAAUCAAAAUCUUUUAUUUAAAAGACAAUAGUCACUUAUUUAAAAUAAAUAAUAAAAGUCUUCUUCCCCUAAAAAAGUAACAUCAUAGUUAAUUUCCUCGGAUUUAAAUAGCAUGUUUGAGAAAAACUUUAUAAAUAAUGAUAAUUUGAGCAACGAAAAUAAUAUGAAUAUAGGAAAAAUGCAUGAAUAAUAUAGAGAAUUUUCUCCUAUUUAGAAACAAAGAAAACUCAGCAUAAGAUAAUUCUAACCUGAAAAUCUUUUAGAAACAAUAAAAAAUGAUAAUUAAAGUAUAGUCCUAAGCUAAAACCCUGCUUAGUAAGUUUCAUAAUCUAAUAGGAAAUUAACUCUAGAAGAUGCCUCAACAAUCAUUAGAAAUAACUCUUAUAGCAAAAUAAGUUUAGAAUAAAAAGAAGAAAUUGCUAAUAAUCAUAGCAGAGAUAAUAGCAUUGAAAAUUAGCAUUUAUUAAAUAAAAACAAACAUUAUAAACUCAAUAGAAUUUCAGAAGAAGUAUCCUUAUAAUAAAAAUAAUCUCUCUCAACUGAAAAAUUCAGCAAAAUCCAUCUUAAAAGCAGUUAAUCUUCAACUAAUCUUGAAAUUAGCAAAGCUGAUAGCAAAAAUUAUAUCAAACAAAGAACACUUGAUCAAUAAAAAUCAUCAUAAAAUCCCAAUUUAUCAAAUUUAAAGCUAAAAAAGUAUGGCUCCAUGGCAGAUUUGAACACAUGUCAAAAUAAAGAAAACGAAACAGAUGCAACAUCUUAAAAUGAUUAAAAAUAAUUCGAUUUGCUUAAGAAAGAAAUUAUGAAAAAUGUAAUCUAAGAUUAAAAAAUUUAAACACUUGAACAAAACAUAGUUAUUGAAAACAGCCAAUAAUUUUAAAAGCUUAAUUCGUUUUAGAGAAAAAUAGUCAAUAAACAAUAUCUCGAUUUUCUAAAAAACUUUAAACAAUUCUAAAAAGGAAUUGUAAAAUACUGA